AUGAAGCGUCUAAAGGAUAUUCGCCGGGUAAAAAACGGUUUCAUCUCCGACUGGAUGCCCAGCGGCUAUCGCGAUGUCAAGGUCAACCCCGUUGUAAACGAUCAUCUGUGCGAGAUUCAGCUACACUUGCAACGGUUCUACAACUUGAAGAGCGGCCAGCAUGCUGUGUAUGAGUGGGCGCGGGAGCUCAAGGUAACCAAGGAGAUGACGGCUAGCCAUAUCUUCGAGAACCUGUCCCCUGAGACAGUGGAGGAAAUGGUCCGCCUGGCUCGCAGCAACUGGUAUGGAACUGGGAGCUGUCUAACGGAUUUGCUUUCUGCUGCUGGGCACUUCGUCCUGGCCGAGGAGGCCCUACGGAAGGUAACCCGAAGCGCAUGA